CUUGAAUAUUCAGUGGUGAGUAAGAACAGAAGUGGAAAGCCUUUCUUACCACAGUUUAUUAUAUGUUUCAUGCCUAGGCUCAUUACUUUUAUAAUGCCACUUCUGAAUAAAUUGAUCAGAUUAGCAUGAACCACCUGGCUGGCCAAUAGAGAUUGGAAUGAUUCUCCACGCGUGACUUGGUUGCAUUAUUACAAAAUGUGACAGGAUAGACCUGCCCAGCCAUCGUUGCCGAUGUUCAUUUGUAAUGCUGUCUUAAGGAGAUGAGGACAUGAGAGCAAAUUGUUCCAGCAGCUCAGCCUGCCCUGCCAACAGUUCGGAGGAGGAGCUGACUGUGGGACCGGAGACACAUGGGAGCCUGGAACUUGUUUUCACAGUGGUGUCAGCUGUUAUGAUGGGUCUGCUCAUGUUCUCUCUGGGAUGCUCUGUGGACAUCCGAAAGCUCUGGUUGCACAUCAGGAGACCAUGGGGCAUCGCUGUGGGACUGCUCUGCCAAUUUGGGCUCAUGCCUUUGACAGCCUAUCUCCUGGCCAUCAGCUUCUCUCUGAAGCCAGUCCAUGCUAUUGCUGUUCUCAUCAUGGGGUGCUGUCCAGGGGGAACCAUCUCGAACAUUUUCACCUUCUGGGUUGAUGGAGAUAUGGAUCUCAGCAUCAGUAUGACAGCCUGUUCUACAGUGGCCGCCCUGGGAAUGAUGCCGCUCUGCCUUUACCUCUACACCUGGUCCUGGGAUCUUGCACAGAACCUCACCAUUCCCUAUCAAAACAUAGGAAUUACCCUUGUGUGCCUGACCAUUCCUGUCACCUUCGGUAUCUAUGUGAAUUAUAGGUGGCCAAAACAAUCAAAAAUCAUUCUCAAGGUUGGGGCCGUGGUUGGUGGGGUCCUCCUUCUGGUGGUCACGGUUGCUGGUGUGGUGUUAGCGAAGGGAUCGUGGAAUUCAGAUACCACCCUUCUGACCAUCAGUUUCAUCUUUCCUUUGAUCGGCCAUGUCACAGGCUUUCUGCUGGCACUCCUUACCCAUCAGUCUUGGCAAAGGUGCAGGACAAUUUCCUUAGAAACUGGAGCUCAGAAUAUUCAGAUGUGCAUCACCAUGCUCCAGUUAUCUUUCACAGCAGAGCACUUGGUCCAGAUGUUUAACUUCCCAUUGGCCUAUGGACUCUUCCAACUGGUGGAUGGUGUUCUCAUUGUUGCAGCAUAUCAGAUAUACAAGAGGAGAUUGAAGAACAGACCCAGAAAAAGGAACCCAGAUUGUGCAGAAGUCUGCCAUGACAAAAAUUCCAGAGAGACCAGUGCUUUCUUGGAGGUGAAUGAAGAAGCUGCUGGAACCUCUGCGCCAUCAGGGCCAGCGGAUCACCACAGGGCUCUGGAGCCCAUUAGUCACAUCGUUUCAUGUGAAUAGUGGGGACUUGCUAGCCAGACUGGUCCUCCGUCUUCCUCAGUGAUUGCAGGGUUGUCACAGGGAAACAGCUGUUCGGCCAACUACAUUUUCCAGCUUCCUGGUACUUGGGGGCCAUCAAUCAGCCAGUUCUUGCUGAUGGAAUGAGUGGCUAUGAUGUGCUUCACUUCCAGUUCUGGCCUGGCUCAUAGAACCCUCUCCACAUGUGUUCUUUCUCCUUCUGGCUCUAUGGAUGGAGAUUCACAGGAUGACGUUGGAAGCACAUUUUUUAAUCACAGAACUUCCAUCAGCGUGGGUUCUUAAAAAUGGAGGAAGGAGAACUGCCCUGUUGGGCUGUUUGCCUGCCCAGAUUUGUUAUAUAAACUGGAAAUAAACUAUUAUGCUUGA